AUGGAGACCGCGAAGGUUGUAUCAACGACAUGGGAGCACCACAAUCUGGAUAUUACUCAUGAAGAAACUCUCGAACUAAUUCGCCACGCGCAAGAGAGUGAUGCUGCUGAUAGGCUAUUGACCAUUCGCCAGGCGGUGAAAAAAUACAAGAAAGCUUUGUUCUGGGCCAUGUUUCUAUCUACUAGUCUAGUCAUGGAAGGCUACGAUCUGGUGAUUAUCAACUCGUUCUACGGUCAAACCCAAUUUCAGAACAGAUUUGGUGUCUUAGACCCAGCAUCAGGGGAGAAGAAGAUUCCUCCAAGUUGGCAGUCAGGACUUUCCAACUCGGCACUUGUUGGUCAGUUGGCAGGCCUCCUCAUCAACGCCUACACCCAAGAUAGGUUUGGUUGUCGUCCCACAAUGAUAGUAUUUAUGGCCUGGAUGGCUGCGGUACUUUUCAUUCCAGUAUUUGCACCGUCGCUAUCGGUGUUGGCUUUUGGUGAAUCGAUGUGCGGAAUUCCUUGGGGUGUCUUCCAAACCCUCUCCACGACUUACGCUUGUGAGGUUGUGCCGACCAUUCUUAGGCCGUACGUGACUGCAUACGUUUGUAUGUGUUGGGGUGCAGGCAUCCUACUGUCUUCCGGUGUUGUGCGAGCAGUGGCUGGCAUUGAUGGCAAUCUAGGCUGGAGGCUUCCAUUCGCACUUCAAUUUGUGUGGCCUCUUCCUUUGGCGAUUGGAGCCUAUUUCGCCCCAGAGUCACCAUGGAACUCUGUUCGUCGCGGUAACUUUGAGGAGGCUCGAGCGAGUUUGAUGCGCCUAAGGCAAGAUACACCAGAGAAGGAAAGAGAAGUCGAAUCCAGCCUGGCUUAUAUCAAGUAUACCACCGAACUUGAGAAGGCUGAGACAGCAAAUGCCAGCUUUCUCGAGUGUUUCAAAGGGACAAACCUGCGCCGCACUGAGAUAAAUUGUGCUGUAUGGGCAGCCCAGAUCCUUUGUGGCAAUGCUAUCCUUGGAUAUUCGGUCGUGUUCCUCGAGGCUGCUGGAUUUUCUGAAUUGCAAGCAUUUGACGUCAACAUCUCACUUUCUGCCUGCUAUAUCAUUGGUGGCAUUAUUUGCUGGUUCAUGUUCCCGCAUUACGGAAGAUACACUAUCUAUAUUGGAGGCUGUAUAGCCAUGUUUGUCUGCCUGGUUGUAAUCGGGGGUCUCGGGUUUUCUGAUUCGAAAAAUGUCCACCUAGCAGUUGGAAUCAUGCUGGUCAUAUCGACCUUGAUCAAUAUGAUCACAACUGGACCUGGAUGUUACCCUAUUGUUGCAGAGACCCCAUCAGGAAGGCUAAGAUAUAAGACCAUCGUGAUUGGGAGAUUCACUUACAACCUUACUGGAAUCUUCUCGAACUCGGUCACGCCUCGAAUGAUCUCGUCAACAGGUUGGAACUGGGGCGCAAAGACAGGUUUUUUCUACGCUGGAACCAAUCUCCUCUGCAUAAUUUGGUGCUACUUCCGUCUGCCCGAGACUAAGGACCGCACUUUUGGAGAGAUCGACUUGAUGUUCGAGAACAAAGUUCCAGCAAGAAUGUUCAAGUAUACAAAGGUUGACCAAUUCGCUGUGGGCCGAGUACAUGAUGACAAGGUGGAUUCAGAUGAGAAAUUUGCGAGUGCUGAACAUCGAUCUAUUGGUACAGGAGUCUCGCUGGCAACCUGA